GUCGAUGGCACCUCUGGUUGAGGUAGCAAUCUGUCUGUCUGCGUCUCUGUGCAUUUGUUCACCCCAGUAUGCAGCCUCCACCUUGAAUGCAUAGGCUGAAAUGUGAUUUCAUAUCACAACACCAAACCCAAUCACCUCACUCCAUCUGCGACUUUUACUCUUCAUUUUUCUCAUCUCCAUUUUUGAGCAAAGAUGAUCCGCAUCAAAAACCCUCACCACGUACCUCUUUUACUUCAGACAGAGCUGCUUCGCCAAGCAGGGACCCUUUGUGACACUCUUCUCACUGUGGAGGGACUUUCGUUUAAAGCACAUGCUCUCAUACUAGCUUUGGCUAGCAAACGACUAAAGCGUCAGUUAACGAAUCAUCAUGGUCCUGGUCCAGGGUAUAGCUGCGCUAUAGAUAGGAUCUCUCCCCAUACCCUUAAACAGAUCCUAGACUAUGUGUACAGCGAAUCGGUGGAGGUGCCCAAAGAUGACUUGGAGGAGCUUUUAAGGGGCGCUCAGUACCUGGAAGUUGAAUCUUUGGUGGAGCAGUGUGAAGCACAAUUCAGGGGCCCAGAGUCUCCUAUCAAAAUGGACGAGAAAGGAGUUGAAAAUAUCGAACGGAAACUCAUUUCACUCAAAGAUGACAAAAUGUACAAGGACUCUCAGUUGUCAAAAAGAUACCAUCCUUUGGAUGAAGACCUCUAUGAUUGUUCUGUAGAAGAAAAAAGUUCUCCAACCAAUAAAGAUCCAAGGAACCAUAAGGAGUCACCUCAUAUCACUAGUUCUCCUCCACAGAAGAAAAGAUUCACUCCAGUGUCUCCUCUGCCUCCUUUGACCUCCAGAGAAACCAGGAUCUCCUUUUGCGCUCCAUCUCCCUCUGCUCGUCUCUGUUGGCCCCCAGUCAGCCCUUCUCGAAGUAUGGUGUUCAACUGUAGAGAAAUCAUGACCUUCCACUCCCUCCGAGCUUCCCAGCAUGUAUUGGCAUACCCCUACCCUAGACCCAUGUAUCCUAUCCUCCAUCGCUCACUCCAGCCCCAGAUGUCCUCUUCACUUAUGGGUCACACAGGGUUACUUCACCCUUAUCACCCACUCAUACACUCUCCUCCACUGAAUCAGGACAAUCCCUUAAUUUCUGAUCCAAGGCCAAAGAACACCUCUAUCAAUGCAGCUUUAACAGGUUCCAGGCCAGACAGUCAAGAGAGGAAGCCAAAGGUACAAGAGGAGAGGGAGAUAUGCUGCAGACACUGUGGUAAACCGGCCCUGGAAAACCCCUGGAGGCCAGCGACUGAGUCAUCAUCACCAUCAGGGGAGAUGACAUUCAGGUGUAAGUUUUGUGGACGAGGUGGACGGGACAGGCGAUCUCUGCGUUCGCUCAGAAGGGGUCUCGGGGGUGAGAAACCUUACCAGUGUAAACAGUGUAGCAAGAGGUUCAGCCUUAAACACCAGCUGGACACACACCACCGGGUACACACAGGUGAGAAACCAUUCGAGUGUAGACUGUGUGGCCAACGCUCACGUGAUUAUUCGGCUAUGAUUAAGCACUUGCGUACACACGGCGGUGCCACACCCUACCAGUGCACCAUGUGUCUUGAGUUUUGUAGCAGUCUGGCAGCCAUGCAGAAGCACCUGAAGAAUCACCCCUCCCAAGACUUCCCACCAGACUGGAGCCUGAGCAGCACAUAUUUGUACAACAGCCACACUUGACCCUGGCAUAUGCAUGUGGAGCCACUGGACAUUUGAGUCCAUGAGGGUUUAAAUGUGCAGAUAUGGGAAUUUCUUUCAACUUUUAAAACAAAAUUAAAAUGUUGUAUACAUUUUAUGAAUUUAAUUGUUAUAUUUUAACAUUUACAGAGCUAUUAUACAAAUAAUAUAUACAUACCGUGUGUAUAUAUACAUAUACACAUAUAUGUAUAUACAUAUACAUAUAUACACAUACAUAACAAAUGGCAUUUAUGCU